AUUUCUGAUAUUUUUAAUUUAAUGUUAAAUCUUUCAGAUGUUAUAAGUUUAAUGUGCAUUGCAUAUGAUACGUUCUGGUGGACACUGUACAGGAAUUGAACCGUGAGGUGAUGUUCAUUCCGUUUGAUUGCUGUGCAUCUACACAUCUUUACAGGCGGCGCCCCCGGGCCCCCCACUCGGCUUAGGCUAUUCCGUUUUGCCGUCCGUCGCCUUUAAAGUGGUUUAAUUAACGUUUUGGUGCGAUUCCUCUUUAUUUAUUUACUUACUUUCACCGACCGGCUCGCUGCUGCGCAUGCGCAAAACGCCGUUGCCCAUGGCAACGCACAAACGCCGUCGCCGCAGGGUGGACGCCAUUGCUCAUUCAAAAUGCAAAAAAUUUACACGCGACGCUGAGAUGUUAUAAGUUUAAUGUGCAUUGCAUAUGAUACGUUCUGGUGGACACUGUACAGGAAUUGAGCCGUGAGGUGAUGUUCAUCCCGUUUGAUUGCUGUGCAUCUACACAUCUUUACAGGAAUUGAGCUGUGAGGUGAUGUUCAUUCCGUUUAAUUGCUGUGCAUCUACACAUCUUUACAGGAAUUGGGCCGUGAGGUGAUGUUCAUUCCGUUUGAUUGCUGUGCAUCAACACAUCUUUACAGAUGCAUGGAUGCUCCUCUGAAGAACGCUUGGAAAUAAAGAUCACAGGAGGAGAGAGAUAGGCCAGGCCAGUUAUGAGCUUGCUGCGUGGUGACGGGAGUAAGGUUUUCCUUCGCGGCAAAAAUGCCAAAAAGAAAAAAAUCAAGCCUCUCCAAGAGAAAAAAACACAAAGAGAGUGUCGCUGUGCCACGCAAAACAAACACUGCAGGACCAGCAACUUUCUCAAACAACGAAGGCACCUCAGUAGCACAGGCUGAGGAAACUGAAGAGCAGCAUGCACAAAAACAAGCUACUGACUGCACAGCCACUGCAGCAGUCCAAGCUGAUGUCAAUCUUGAACAGUGUACAUCUCGACAAGCCAGAAACCACACAAGCAUUGUAGCAGCACGGGCUGAAGGAAAUCCUAAACAGCGUGCAUCUCGACAAGCGAGGGACCGCAUAUCCACUGCAGCAGCACGAGUUGAGGAAAACCCUGAACAUCAUGCUUCUCGACAAGCCAGGGAGCGCACAGUCACUGCAGCAGCACGGGUUGAAGAAAGCCCUGAACAUCGUGCAUCUCGACAAGCCAGGGACCGCACAGUCACUGCAGGAGCACGGGUUGAGGAAAACCCUGAACAUCGUGCAUCUCGACAAGCCAGGGACCACACAGCCACUGCGGCAGCACGGGCUGACGAAACACAACAUCACCAAAUGGCGCGCAUAACACAAGUCUGUCAUGCUGCUGCAUCUAGAACAAGAGCAAAUAGCCCAGAAUGGAACAGAGCAGGUUUUAUUUACCAACCAGAUGUCGAUUAUCAAUCGAUUUCCAUAUUAGGCUGCAUGUCGAUUACUUGCGCAGAUUCCGGUGCAAAAAAAUGGAAAGCAGAGUCCAAGGGAAUGUGCUGCAGUGAUGGCAAAGUAAAACUUGGCCUUGUGCAGAUGCCCCCUGAGCCACUUAAAUCCUUAGUCUUGGGACAAACCCCUGAGUCUAAACACUUUCUCACCAACAUCAGGAAGUAUAAGGGGUGCCUCUGCGGAUGUGUAUGCUUUAACUUAGCUAUUUCAAUGCUAAAUUCUAUGCUAAUUACUUUGUCAAGGGGUGCCUCUGCGGAUGUGUAUGCUUUAACUUUAACAUAGCCAUUUCUG